UACUGAGAUUACCAUCACCCCCAGUCGCAUUCGCGCUUUCAAAGCUUCGAUCCAUCGUCCAUUAGCUUGAAAACUGUGCUAAUAUAGAUAUGGCUACUCCAGAUGUGGCUGCUGCGCCUACAGCUCAGCUAUCGUGUGAAGAAGAAGGGCAAGAGACAAAUGAAGAACAUGAGAGGAAGAAAUCAUUCAAGCGCUUACGUAAAGAAUUCCGGAAAGUGAGCUCUCCCAGUGACUUGCCAGAUUUCAUGGCUGAUAACUGCGACUGUCUGUGGAACAGGUCUUUUGCUCACUCUGGAGAUUAUUCCUAUCGCCAUGAUUAUUCCCGUGUGGAUGAUUGUGACUGGUUCUGUGGCACUGGUUCGCGGCGUCAUAAGUCUCGCUUCAAAAUCCGAGGAGAAAAAGUCGCCGGUCCUAGUGGCAAUUGGCAGAUUGUUCGCUUUGUUUUCCCUAAUUUGGCUUAUUUUGGGCUCCAUAUGGGUCUACUCGGCGUACAGUUCCGUCAGCUACGAUUUCAGCAACAAAAACUACUGUGAUAAACUAACUUAUCUUUUUUCCUUCAUUUUUUUGACAGUUGUUUACUCGCUUAUACCAUUCUUGUGCAUUAUUUUAUGUUGUAUCGCUGGCUGCGCUCUAUGCAUCAAAGGGUUGUAAGGUUUCUGAAGC